AUGGCUGCGGUCGCUCUCAGAAACCCUAGCUCCAGGCGCAUCCUCCCCUACUCCUCGCAAAUCUAUUGGUGUACCCGAGGAUCAGUUGGUUCUUCAAUCUCUGAAUCCAGUUUCGGAAAUGACCGAUCUUCUAGCCCCAAUCCUUGGUGGAGAUCCAUGGCCACCUUCACACGCACAAAACCUCAUGUGAAUGUUGGAACAAUUGGACAUGUCGAUCAUGGAAAAACCACUCUGACUGCCGCAAUUACAAAGGUACUAUCUGAAGAAGGAAAAGCUAAGGCUAUAGCCUUUGAUGAAAUUGAUAAGGCCCCUGAAGAGAAAAAGAGAGGAAUUACAAUUGCAACGGCUCAUGUAGAGUAUGAGACUGUCAAGCGACACUAUGCACAUGUGGACUGCCCAGGACACGCAGAUUAUGUCAAAAACAUGAUUACUGGAGCUGCCCAAAUGGAUGGGGGCAUUUUGGUUGUAUCUGCUCCUGAUGGGCCUAUGCCACAAACCAAGGAACACAUUCUGCUGGCUCGACAGGUCGGUGUGCCAUCACUUGUGUGUUUUCUCAAUAAAGUCGAUGCUGUUGAUGAUCCAGAGUUGUUGGAGCUUGUGGAAAUGGAGCUCCGUGAGCUUCUUAGCUUCUACAAGUUCCCUGGGGAUGAAAUCCCUAUCGUCCGGGGUUCAGCUCUGUCGGCUUUACAAGGCACAAAUGAAGAGAUUGGCAAAAAGGCAAUUCUAAAACUUAUGGAUUCUGUGGAUGAAUACAUUCCUGACCCUGUACGCCAACUUGACAAACCUUUCCUGAUGCCAAUUGAAGAUGUUUUCUCAAUCCAGGGUCGUGGAACUGUUGCCACUGGUCGUGUUGAGCAAGGGACCAUUAAAGUUGGCGAGGAAGUUGAGAUUCUGGGGUUGCAUCAGGGUGCUCCUUUGAAAACAGUGGUGACUGGUGUUGAGAUGUUCAAGAAAAUCUUGGAUCAUGGAGAAGCUGGUGAUAAUGUUGGUCUUCUUCUUCGAGGUCUAAAGAGGGAGGACAUCCAACGAGGACAGGUAAUUGCUAAGCCAGGAACAGUGAAGACACACAAGAGGUUUGAAGCAGAGAUAUAUGUCCUCACAAAGGAUGAAGGUGGACGCCAUACUGCCUUUUUCUCAAACUACAGGCCUCAGUUUUAUAUGAGGACUGCAGAUAUCACUGGAAAGGUAGAAUUGCCUGAAGAUGUUAAGAUGGUUAUGCCUGGGGACAAUGUUACUGCAGUUUUUGAGCUGAUUCAACCGGUUCCUCUUGAAGCAGGACAAAGAUUUGCCUUGAGGGAAGGAGGUAGAACGGUUGGUGCAGGAGUUGUUUCUAAAGUACUCUGA